AUGGCUGAAGAAGAUCCACAAGAAAAGGUCGACCGUGAGCGCAUUUUCAAGCGCUUCGACACCAACGGUGACGGGAAAAUCUCUGCAUCGGAACUAGGAGAUGCAUUGAAAACCCUCGGCUGCGUUCAAUCGGACGAAGUGAAAUUUAUGAUGGCGGAGAUUGAUACCGAUGGUGACGGCUACAUUUCGUACGAGGAGUACAUUGCUUUUGCUCUAGCUAACCGUGGUUUAAUGAAGGAUAUUGCUAAGAUAUUUUAG